AGGAGGAGGAGUUUCUUUUGACUAUGCGCUUGUAAAAUAAACAAGGGGGGAGGCAGCAUCACGAUAUGGUAUAAAUAUAAGAGAGUAGUUUAACUCUCUGUCUGUACCACGACAAAACAAAUUAUUAUUUAGUAGUGGCUGUCUGGAAAAAACGGUAUUACCCUAUAUAAGGCUAUAACAGAAAUUUACAUUUGGGCUCGUGUUUUGAGGAGGUAACUAUGGGACAUCUCUCUGUUCUCCUCCUCAUCGGAGUGGCAGUGUCUUCUGUCUGCUCCCAGUACUCUGGAGAGUCUGGCUCUGACAUUGGGAUCCAGGUCUUCGAUCAGAUUGCAAAAUCCAGACCGCAGGACAAUCUCGUCAUGUCUCCUCACGGGAUAGCCAAUGUGCUCGGAAUGCUGCAGCUUGGAGCAGAAGGAAAGACCAAGAAGCAGCUUGUGACAGCUAUGAGAUACAAUGUGAACGGAUCUUCUAAAAUGCUGAAAAGAGUACAGAAGAGCCUAGCCUCUGGGAAGAAUAAAGACCUUGUUACCAUAGCCAAUGCAAUGUUUGCACAGAGUGGUUUUAAAAUGGAAGAUGCCUUUGUCUCCAGUAACAGAGAGUUGUUUCGGUGUGAAAGUAGAAGUUUGAAUUUUAAUGAUCCUAACCAUGCUGCAGCUUCCGUCAAUCACUGGGUUGCAAAUCGAACCAGAGGUAUGAUUGAGAACCUCGUAUCUCCUGACAUGCUUAGUAGUGCUCUAACAAGGCUGGUAGCAGUGAAUGCCAUUUACUUCAAAGGCAUGUGGAAAUCUCGGUUUCAGCCCAGUAACACAAAGAAGCGGAAUUUUAAUGGUGGAGAUGGGCAAGUACACCAAGUGCCCAUGAUGUCACAGCUGUCUGUAUUCAACAUCGGCUCAACAAGCACCCCUGAUGGUUUGGAAUACACGGUCAUUGAGCUGCCUUACCAUGGAAACAGUAUGAGUAUGUUAAUUGCCUUGCCCAUGAAAGACAGCACCCCUCUGUCGGAUAUCAUUCCUCACAUCAGCACAAAGACUAUUCAGAGCUGGAUGGAACUGAUGCGCCAAAGAAAGGUUCGGCUGGUCAUUCCGAAGUUUACUGCCGAGGCAGAAACUGAUUUAAAGGCGCCUCUCUUGGCUCUUGGUAUCACAGAUAUGUUUGAUCAGGACAAGGCAAACUUCAGAAGCAUUGCGAAAUCUGAACAACUCAGUGUUUCCAAAGCAUUGCAGAAAGCUAGAAUUGAGGUGAAUGAAGAUGGAACAAAAGCAUCUGCUGCAACUGCUGCAAUUUUACUGGCGCGGUCUUCCCCUCCAUGGGUCAUUGUAGACAGACCUUUCCUUUUCUUUGUUCGACACAACCCAACAGGUACGGUGCUGUUUAUGGGACAAAUUAACAAGCCGUAGGAAACCAAUGCAUUGAGAGGAAGUCAUUUUUUUUUUUUUUCCUCCCAAGAUCCAUUUCUGGCUUUUUUUUUUUUUUAUGGGACAUCAACACAGGCUGUUUCGACCUGAAUAUAUUUGGUCCAACUUUUCUCAUUUGGAAAGAUUUUAAACCUUUUUUUUAUAAUGUUAUUUUGACACAGUAUUAAUUUAUACUACUGAAGUGAUUUAUUUAAUUGGGAGCACAUCAGUGGAAAAUGCCCUUUAUUCUUUUAACUCCAUUGCUGUCGGUGUGCACAGAGCAUAUUUUUAGUGUUAACUUGUGGGAUGUUUGAAGCAGUGGACACAGUGCACGCGUCUUGUAAUGGCAGUAUGUAAUACACACCUGAAUGCAAAACAAAUGUGAUCUCAUUUGUGAAUAUGAAUACAGUGGAACCGAUCUUGUACUGUCGGUGUAGAAAAACAUGGGUUGAAGAAUCUGCAUAUUUCCAUGUAUUGUUUGUAUGUAGAUUGAAUGAGGUCAUUUUAAAAUAAUUGUUUUAAGUUAAAGAAAUAAAAAUCAAAGCAUUAAGGGAUUGUGGGGUGUGUUUGCAAUUCAAUUCAAGAAUGUAAAUAAAGCUUUGUGUUUGCAGUAACUUUUUUUUUUUUUAAGUCAAUAAAAACUUAAAGUACAAUGCUCA